AACUACUUCUUCUUAAUUCAAUUUCAAAGUUGUUUUAGAUAGAGAAAAUGAAGCUGUUUUUGGUCGUCUUCCUUUCUCUCACUGCCUCCCUCACCUAUGCAUCUGAUCCGAGUCCCCUGCAAGACUUCUGUGUGGCUGACAAUGCAAGCCAAUUGUUUGUGAAUGGCAAGGUGUGCAAGGAUCCACAGUUGGCACAAGCAAAUGACUUCUUCUUUGCUGGGCUCGACAAGCCCGGCAACACGGCCAACGCACUAGGCUCGAGGGUUACCCAAGUUAACGUAGCACAGAUAGCAGGCCUCAACACUCUUGGCAUCUCCAUGGUCCGCAUAGACUACGCUCCUGGUGGUCAGAACCCUCCCCACACCCACCCUCGUGCCACCGAGAUCUUAACGGUACUUGAAGGCUCCCUUUACGUCGGUUUUGUGACAAGCAAUCCCGACAACCGCUUGAUCACCAAGACACUUCAAAAGGGAGACGUGUUUGUUUUCCCUGAAGGCCUCAUUCAUUUCCAGCAAAAUGUGGGGUACAAGAAUGCGGUGGCCAUUGCAGCCUUGAGCAGCCAGAAUCCAGGGGUGAUCACUAUUGCUAAUGCGGUUUUCGGAUCGAAGCCGGCAAUCAACAGUAAUGUACUGGCUAAGGCAUUCCAAGUUGAUAACAAGGUGGUGAAUCAACUCCAGUCUCAGUUCUGGAUGGAUAACAACUAGGGAUUUAUUGUGGUCCUGAAGCUUUGAUAUUCUUUCAUCUGUGUCGAAUUUUGUUUGAGGUGUACCAUGCAUCUCUUGUUUGCUUGUUUGUGAUAUCUUUGGUUUCUUUGUUAUUCAUUUGUUUGGAAAAUUAAUGUCUUCCUAAUAUUUUAAUUUGAAGCUUUCAUGAUUUAUUCAGCUACAUAA